AUGCUCUAAUAAUCUCAAAACAUUGAUUACUUGUAUAUACCAAAUAGUAAGAAUUUAUAAUCACUCCUUAAAAAUACAACUUUUUGGAUAACUGGUAAUGUUUAAUCAACCUUCUUAAUUAAGUCCCAAUUAGUCAAUCUAACUAAAAGUUCAAAUUAUGAAUUUGCUUUAUCUAAAGAAGGUUAAUUGAUCAAGUUUGGUCAUUAAAAAACUAAAUACUGCAAUCUCUAUAACAAUCUAUUUAUUUUAUCAUAUACCGAUAAAAGUUUUAUAUUGACUUCAUAUGACAGAGUGAAAGAAUAUCAUUGCACUGACCAAAAAUAAUUAAAAACUUGGAUCGAACAUCUAAUACGGUUUUGUAUUACAAGAGGUUAGAUCUAAAAUAGAUUUAGAUUCUUAAGUCAAAUUAGCAAUGGAAAUUAUUCGAAAGUACUUUAUAUUAAAAAAAGGGUUAUCUCAUUGAGGACAAUAAAUAGAAGCAAUUUGUUUGCAAGACCUUUCAAAAAGUUGAUUUGAUCAAAGUUACUAAACUUAGAGAUUCUGUUAUUGGAGAAAUCUUAUUACUCAGACCUAUUGAUCAUUCUAAUGUGAUUAAAUUACUGGAAAUUCAUGAAGAUAAUAAAUAGAUUUAUUUAAUAUAUGAAUAUGCAAAAGGGGAAUUAUUUUAAGAGUUCCAAAAAAAGAAAACUUAAAAUUCUCAAUUUAGUGAACAAUAAAUUAGCAAUUUUAUGAAACAAAUUUUUCAAGGUCUUAAAUAUAUACAUUCUCUUAAUAUUAUGCAUAGAGACAUUAAAUUAGAAAAUAUAUUAGUAAAAGAUUCUUCUACUAUUGUAAUUGCUGAUUUUGGAUUAGCAGCAAAAAAAAUACCAAAAUUUGAAUAUAAAAAAUAUGGUACUCCUGGAUAUAUUGCUCCUGAAGUUCUCAAUUUAAAAAUCUAUAAUGAAAAAAUUGAUAUUUUUAGUGCAGGAGUUAUUGCAUAUAUAUUAUUGACUCAAUAACCAUUAUUUUCAGGAAAUACAAUCAGUGCUAUUUUAAAUUCAAAUACUGCAGGUAAUAUUGAUUUUAAUAAUUCUAAAUUUGUAAGUCUAAGUAAAGAUGCAUAAUUAUUUCUAAAAAAAGUUUUAUGUUUAGAAGAAAGUUAAAGACCAUCUGCAAAAGAUUGUUUAGAUUCAUCAUUUUUAUCACUAUAAAUUAUUAAUAAUGAAAUAGGAACCCCAUUAUAAUAAAAAAAAGAAGUAUUGAUUUAAAUUAAUUAAUAGGUUAGAUUAAGUUAUUUAGGUUCUUCGGUAUUACCUGAAUAAAUAAACCUUUCAAAAGCAAAAAGAAGAUCUAUGAGAUAAUAUAUUUUAUUGAAACAAGCAAUAAUUACUGAAAAAUAAAAAACUCAAAUGAUGUAAUAAAUAGCUGAACNACAAUCUAUUUAUUUUAUCAUAUACCGAUAAAAGUUUUAUAUUGACUUCAUAUGACAGAGUGAAAGAAUAUCAUUGCACUGACCAAAAAUAAUUAAAAACUUGGAUCGAACAUCUAAUACGGUUUUGUAUUACAAGAGGUUAGAUCUAAAAUAGAUUUAGAUUCUUAAGUCAAAUUAGCAAUGGAAAUUAUUCGAAAGUACUUUAUAUUAAAAAAAGGGUUAUCUCAUUGAGGACAAUAAAUAGAAGCAAUUUGUUUGCAAGACCUUUCAAAAAGUUGAUUUGAUCAAAGUUACUAAACUUAGAGAUUCUGUUAUUGGAGAAAUCUUAUUACUCAGACCUAUUGAUCAUUCUAAUGUGAUUAAAUUACUGGAAAUUCAUGAAGAUAAUAAAUAGAUUUAUUUAAUAUAUGAAUAUGCAAAAGGGGAAUUAUUUUAAGAGUUCCAAAAAAAGAAAACUUAAAAUUCUCAAUUUAGUGAACAAUAAAUUAGCAAUUUUAUGAAACAAAUUUUUCAAGGUCUUAAAUAUAUACAUUCUCUUAAUAUUAUGCAUAGAGACAUUAAAUUAGAAAAUAUAUUAGUAAAAGAUUCUUCUACUAUUGUAAUUGCUGAUUUUGGAUUAGCAGCAAAAAAAAUACCAAAAUUUGAAUAUAAAAAAUAUGGUACUCCUGGAUAUAUUGCUCCUGAAGUUCUCAAUUUAAAAAUCUAUAAUGAAAAAAUUGAUAUUUUUAGUGCAGGAGUUAUUGCAUAUAUAUUAUUGACUCAAUAACCAUUAUUUUCAGGAAAUACAAUCAGUGCUAUUUUAAAUUCAAAUACUGCAGGUAAUAUUGAUUUUAAUAAUUCUAAAUUUGUAAGUCUAAGUAAAGAUGCAUAAUUAUUUCUAAAAAAAGUUUUAUGUUUAGAAGAAAGUUAAAGACCAUCUGCAAAAGAUUGUUUAGAUUCAUCAUUUUUAUCACUAUAAAUUAUUAAUAAUGAAAUAGGAACCCCAUUAUAAUAAAAAAAAGAAGUAUUGAUUUAAAUUAAUUAAUAGGUUAGAUUAAGUUAUUUAGGUUCUUCGGUAUUACCUGAAUAAAUAAACCUUUCAAAAGCAAAAAGAAGAUCUAUGAGAUAAUAUAUUUUAUUGAAACAAGCAAUAAUUACUGAAAAAUAAAAAACUCAAAUGAUGUAAUAAAUAGCUGAACAAUACAGUACUUAUUUAAUUAUUUUUAGAUUUAUAAUAAUAAUUAAUUAUAUAUAUUGAUUAUAAUAAGGAGAUGAAGAAGAUUAAGAAAAUCUGAUUGUGUAAGAAACAGUAAAAAAUGUAAAAUAAUUUAUUAAAUUUAGAUAGCCGGUUCAUUUUAUACUGAAACAAAGAGUGGAUCAAAUAUAGAAUAAUUUUGUGAAAGUGAUUCUGGGGAAAGUAUGAAUGGUGAUUCUUCUGAAAGUGAUGAUGAUGCUAAUUUAUUUUUAGAAGAUGAUUCAUGUCAUAAUCUUUCCUCAAAACUUUCUCAAUUAGGCGGAUUCUAAAUAAAAAUGAAAAGAU